CGAACCCAUUUCCACUUGACCCCGGGCCGCGGGAGCGACCCCACAGGGGGGAGCUAUAAUAUAAUGGAGUCUAUGGCGAGGGAGAACACCACCAAUCGCGCUGCGCCCGGAUAGCGCUCCUGACGCAUGGCUGGUUCGCUGUGAACUUACUCCGGUGGUGGCGCUUCCUGCGCUUUGCGCUCGCCAUCCAGCGCCAGCGCAUGGCAGUGUCCCAAUUAACGUGCCAAUGGCGAAUUUGCGGGACUGUACAUCCUCAAAUUUACUUCCCACUAAGCCAGGCGACAGAUAAAUAUAAUACUACCUGGCACGACAAUUCGGUGCAGGCUUCAUGCCAGCGUGAAAUUAGGCGACCACAUGCAAUGCCAGAAUGGUUUUGGCUAUUGAUAUGAUGCCGUGAGAAGAAGAUGUGCCUUCCGCAAUGGCAUGAUUUGCCUCCGAGAUCGUCCGAUAGCCUGUAAUUGCAAAUGUCGAAUGCAUCAUCCAUUCGCGUGUUUGCUUCCCGGAACGUGUUACUCCCUGGCCUGGACGACCCCGUGCCUGCCAUUGUACAUGUCGAUCUUUCCACGGGAAAGAUCGUGAAAGUCGCACCCGAGUUCCACGAUACGACUCAUGAUCCUCUAGGUCAGCAGGAUCAUGUCGAUCUCGGUGACAAGUAUCUUCUUCCUGGCCUCGUUGAGUACGUGUGUCGAUCUUCCGCUCCGACCAUCCAAGCCGGGGAUAGAUCUCAUCACCAUUCGUCGAACUCCACAGUCCUCAUGUUCAUUUGAACGAGCCAGGGAGAACUUCAUGGGAAGGUUUCGAAACUGGUACCCGCGCCGCGCUGGCCGGAGGAAUCACCACUCUGAUUG